CUCAGUAAGUUUGUCCUAUCUCUGCAGCAGUAGUUGGUACAGUUGGGCAGCUCGGAGCUUCGCGGACUGUUUCCACCCUGGAGAACCUGGAGAACCUCCACCGGUUCUCUUAACCUCAGCUCCGGUGUAACGUCAACCCUGACGGACCCUCCGCUCUAUCCUGAAGAACACACCUGGACUCGGUGCACCUGUUCCGGUCGGGUCUUCACUGUGAGCCGGAGCUAGCUGAGCUGGAAGGCUAGCGGGGCGUUAGCAGAGCAGGCAGCGGGGUGAAGGCUCGGUCCGGACGGCAGCAUGGCCGCGGGGAGCCUCAGCCAGGCGGCGGAGGAGAAGGUAGCGAGCCGGAGCCAGAGCGAAGUGAACAGGAGGUUGAAGUACAUCAGCCUGGCCGUGCUCGUGGUCCAGAAUGCUUCGCUCAUCCUCAGCAUCCGAUACGUCCGCACGUUGCCCGGCGACCGCUUCUUCACCACGUCGGCCGUGGUGAUGGCGGAGGUGCUGAAGGUGCUGACGUGUCUGCUCAUCGUCCUGCUGCAGAAGAGAUUCAACCUUAAAGAGACGGCGUUCUUACUCUUCGACUCCAUCGUGGUUCAGUAUAAAGACACUCUGAAACUCGCCGUUCCUUCGCUCAUUUACACGCUACAGAACAACCUGCAGUACAUCGCCAUCUCCAACCUGCCGGCCGCCACCUUCCAGGUGACGUACCAGCUGAAGAUCCUGACCACGGCUCUGUUCAGCGUCAUGAUGUUGAGGAAGUCUCUGUCCAGAGUUCAGUGGGUUUCUCUGCUGCUGCUGUUCGGAGGAGUCGCCAUCGUACAGGUGCAGCAGGAGGGGAAGAAGGAGGCGUCGGUCUCCGAUAGCUCCGGUCAGAACUACACGGUGGGUCUGGUUGCCGUGGUGAUCAGCUGUCUGUCGUCGGGUUUCGCAGGCGUUUACUUUGAGAAGAUCCUGAAGGGCAGCUCGGCGUCCGUGUGGAUGAGAAACGUGCAGCUGGGGAUCUUCGGCAUGGCGCUCGGCAUGCUGGGACUGUGGUGGAACGACGGCGCCGCGGUCGCCGAGCACGGCUUCCUGUUCGGCUACACGGGCAUGGUGUGGUGCGUCAUCUUCAACCAGGCGUUCGGUGGGCUGCUGGUCGCCGUGGUGGUGAAGUACGCGGACAACAUCCUGAAGGGCUUCGCCACCUCCUUCUCCAUCAUCGUCUCCACCGUGGCGUCCAUCCACCUGUUCGGCUUCCACGUGGACCUGCUCUUCACGGCGGGGGCGGGGCUCGUCAUCGGCGCCGUCUACAUGUACAGCCUCCCCAAAGCGCCCGGCGGCUCCUCGUCCCCGAGCUCCUCCUCCUUGUCUUCCUCGGCGUCUUCGGCGUCGCCGAGGACGGACGGAGGCGAAGAGAUGGAGGCGUUUCUGCCAAAGUGUGCAGGUAAACAAAAAGGAUCCUGAGCGACGGACAGACGGAUUGCUGCCUUCAUCCUGACGACGUCCAAACAAAAACAAAACGUUUAUUUCUUUUACUCAACUUCCUGUUUCAGAACUACAGCCCCCCCCGCUGGUGUAACACGGUACUGCAGCCAUAUCAUGAUACUGUUUUAAAAACGUGCUUAGUUCCAGGUGAGCUGCCUGUCAUGUUCACUCCCAGAUAUGUGUGUGUGCCUUUAAUCUCAGGAGAGGAACAGUGAACAUUUUAACUCCUCAGCUUUAAGAAGUUUUAAAAGUUCAACGUUUUGGAUGCAGAAAUUUUACUUAUUUGAACUUUGACUGAAGAUGAAUAUCUGAGUACCUCUUCAGACGUCGUGCUGCUGAAAUAUUUCAACAUGAUAAUAAGCAUUUCUUUAGAGUCAACAGUCAAACUGAACUCUGACUUUUACUCAGAUGUGUUUUAAAAUCAGAGAUAAGAGACGGAGGAAUAUUUAAAGCCAGUGAACAAAAUAUUUUAUUAUAUUUAUUUUACUUCUGAUGCCUGUCAACAUUUCAAACUCAAAGGUAGUAUUUAUUAUUAAGACGUGAAUUUCUUUAAAUGAAUGAAUGCAACAUUUUAAACAUGAAGUCAAACUCCCUCUGGGUGUGUUGUUCUCAGCUCUGUGUUCACACCGACGGGACGGCGAGGAUCAAACAUGUUGUUAUAAGCCGUUUCCAUACUAAGAGAGAGACUGGUGCUAAAGUGCAACGUCCACUCUGAACGUCUCGAUCAUACCUUUAAUGUUUAGCACAGAAAACUUUUAUGUCAUUUCCUGUUAAAGUUUUAAACACUAAAGUGCCUCAGCGCUGAAAACGACCAGCGGAGAACUGAAUUAAGCUGAAAGAGAAAGUCGACCUCAAGUGACCUUUAAGGUGAAAGUUUACAGUGUUUCUCACCUCGCUGCCUCCUGAACAGUCUGCGUCUGUUUUUAAAGCUUUAUGUCAAACUGAGACAUUAAAGAGGAAAUCAAACAUCAUGCUGUCACAAACUGUUUCUUUCCCUU